GUAGAUGUACCAUCCCACUAGAGUACUUACUCUAGUUUAUCAACCUUUUGCCUUCGCAAUGCUGGCAAUACUCACAUAUCAUGAAGCCAAGCUUAAUACCAGAAUCCGGAAUAUAUGUGGAUACUCAUUGUUUUUUAUAAGCUCCUUGCUUGUGAUUAUUUUAGAUGUGGCAACAUCAGGAAAAGGAGGGCUUGGAUCCUUCAUUGGCAUUUGCCUUAUAAGUGCAGCUUUUGGAAUUGCUGAUGCACUGGCUCAAGGUGGGAUGGUUGGUGAUCUGGCCUUGAUGCGUCCAGAAUUUAUUCAGUCAUUCCUUGCGGGUUUGGCUGCAUCUGGGGCCUUAACCUCUGCUUUGAGGUUGAUUACUAAGGCUGCUUUUGAGCAUAGUCAUGAUGGUCUCCGCAAGGGAGCCAUGAUUUUCUUAGCCAUUGCAUCAUUUCUGGAGCUUCUUUGUGUUCUGCUAUAUGCGUAUGUCUUUCCGAAAUUACCAAUCGUAAAGUACUAUCGCUCGAAAGCGGCUUCUGAAGGAUCAAAAACAGUUUCAGCAGAUCUUGCAGCGGCUGGCAUCCAACCACAGAGCAAAUCAAAUGUUGAAGAGGAUCCAAAGCAAUUAGAACGUAUGACUAUCAAGCAGCUUUUAAUGCAGAACCUGGAUUAUGGAUUGGACUUGUUUCUUAUAUAUGUUCUAACACUCUCUAUUUUUCCUGGCUUUUUGUCUGAGGACACUUCCAUCCACAAACUUGGUUCAUGGUAUGCUUUUUUCUAUU